AUGGCCGCGGGCAACGCUUUCACCACUUAUGGAACGGUCCCUCUACCUGGCGCCCACGAUUCAAAAGCCGAACCAUUGCGCCGUCACCAAGAAGAAAUCUGUGACCAGUCAAGGGUGCGACAUUGGUUGGAGGCCGACACAAGCCAUGUGAAGGAUCUCGGUGACAUGCCCAUCCGAAACAUGCCCACCCAAGGGAAUGUCAUGGGAGAAAGUAUUCAAUAUUGGCCCCAGGAAUUCUCCUCACUCAAUUCCCAAGAGAAUAUUAGCCUGCAACCUUCUCCGCAUGAGACGCAAAGAUCUCCGGCAUUAGGAACCCGUGAUCCGUCAAUGCAGGAUGAAAGUGAAGCCUUCAUCUCCGACUAUAGACAUGACCAGACCACUACAGCCACAUUGGAAUCAGACAGGAUGACCAAGGGAGAAACGCCCGAUUCCAGUGGUGCUACCCUUGGGCUAAUCCAUCCAGUUGACCAGCCAUCCAGUCUAUAUAUAGCUAACAGAAACAUGACUUCCUUCACGAUGUCAAAAAUGGAGUCUGAAACCACCCCAAUUUGUUUCCCUCCUAGAAUAUCUCACCAUGACUGUAUGCCAGAGACUAUGUCAGAGGCUGUCGUGGUACAGAAACCAGGCUGGACAACCGAUAGCUCGGGCACUGUACCGCCGUUCCACAGAUCUCCAGAAGGGGGCUCUGUAGAUACCACCGACAACAGCUUCACGCCGAUUGACACCGUAUGCAGUCCCACUUCGCCUCUCCCUUGGUCAACGUUUGGAAUUCAACCGAGCUUGGAUAUGCAACGACAAAGCAUUUGCACUGCCGGAGCAGAAAUCCCCAACGUGAACGAACAGAAUGGCAGGACCGACGGAAGUUUUGAUCAAACGGCGGCGGCGGAUGACAGCCUUUACGGUCUGACACUUCUAGGUAAUGACAUCCACUGCUACACCCAAACGUCGGUUCAAUUAGACUCCUCCUGCAGACCAGAUUACGCCGACAUAGUACCCAACAGGGAGCCAUUGGGUAUGAAUCGAGAGCAGCAGCCUUUUACUCUUGCCACGGAUGCAUUCGCAUAUCACGAGUACCUCUAUCGACUCAACCAACUGACGCACCCAAAGUUCACAAUGGAUGGAGGACAUCUUUGCCAGCAGCUGCUGGGCAAUAGAUCAUUCUCUUGUCAUAGCGAGAAGCGGAAUGCCUUCUUGAUUGAGUGUAAGCGCCGUGGGUUAUCUUACAAGGACAUCAAGAGGCUUGGUGGAUUCAAGGAAGCCGAGUCGACGCUGCGUGGUAGAUUCCGGACACUCACCAAAUCUAAAGAGCAGCGAGUGAGGAAACCACAGUGGCAAGAAAAAGAUGUAAGUAACUCUUGA